AAUGAUACAAGUCAUCAUAAUUCAUAUACACUUAUAAUUCUCAAUCAUGUGGAUCUCUAGUUAAAGGCAAGAAUCAAGAUUCGAGUAUAUAACUAUAUAAAUAUAUUCGGGGAGCCUCGAAAUCUCAUUUAUUUUUUUUCAUGAUGGCCAAAAGAAUGGUGAAAAAGAGCUUAGCAGGCUUGUUGGUUCUCUUGUUCUCUGUUUCUCUGGUUCAUGGCCAUGGGAAAAAACAGGGGGGAGCUCUGAAUGAUUUGGUGAGGAGUAAGGGGAGGAGCAGAGAGUUUUCGAGUUUCGAUACGAGCAGCUUUGAGGAGGUUUUGCAUGUUGAAGAUGUUAAGUGUGCUUCUGGGGAUGAUUCGAAGGAGAAAGACAAGAUUGUGGAGUUGCCGGGGCAGCCUGCGGUUGAGUUUGAUCAGUAUGGUGGGUAUGUGACGGUGAAUCAGUCCGCGGGUCGAGCUUUUUAUUAUUAUUUUGCGGAGGCUGAGGAGAAUAAGGGACUUCUGCCUCUUCUUCUCUGGCUCAACGGAGGUCCUGGUUGUUCUUCACUGGCCUAUGGAGCAAUGCAGGAGCUGGGACCGUUCAGAGUUUACAGCGACGGCAAAACCCUACACAAGAACCCCUUUGCAUGGAAUCAUGCUGCAAAUGUUCUGUUCUUGGAAUCACCAGCUGGAGUAGGAUUUUCGUAUUCAAACACAACAUCAGACUAUGCAAAGAGUGGAGACAGGAUUACGGCUCAAGAUAACUAUGCUUUUCUGCUGAAUUGGCUGGAAAGAUUUCCAGAGUACAAGAGCAGAGACUUUUACAUCUCGGGGGAAAGCUAUGCUGGCCAUUAUGUACCACAGCUUGCUCAUACAAUUCUCUAUCACAACAAAAACACCAAAAACACUCAUAUUAAUCUUAAGGGAAUCAUUAUUGGGAAUGCAGUGAUCAAUGAUGAGACUGAUAAUAAGGGAGUGUAUGAUUAUUUGGAAAGUCAUGCUCUCAUCUCGCAUAGAACUCUAAUGCAAAUCCAUAGAUACUGUGAUUUCUCUCCAAAUGUUACUGCAGACCCCAAGUGUGAUGCUGCAACGUUAGCAUCCGAUGUGGAGGUUUCAGGAAUUGAUGUCUACAGCAUAUAUUCUCCUGUUUGCACCAAUCCCAGGCUUACCGGAAGGCCUAAGAAAAUUGCUUAUGAGAUCGAUCCAUGCAGUGACGUCUAUACAAAGGCUUAUUUGAAUCGACCUGAAGUUCAAGAGGCUCUGCAUGCCAAUGUCACAAAACUUGAUCAUGACUGGGAACCAUGCAGUGAUAUAAUCCAAAAUUGGUUGGACCAGCCAUCUACAAUCAUUCCCCUGCUCAAAGAGUUCAUGGCUAAUGGUCUUCGAGUUUGGAUUUUCAGUGGCGACACAGAUAGUGUAGUACCAGUUACCUCCACCAAGUACUCACUCAAGAAAAUGAACCUCCAUAUAAAAACUCCUUGGCAUCCCUGGCUAAUCAAUACACAGGUUGGAGGAUACACAGAAGAUUAUGAAGGGAACUUGACAUUUGCAACAGUUAGAGGAGCAGGGCAUCAGGUUCCAAGCUAUCAGCCUCGGAGAGCUCUUGCACUUAUAAGCCACUUCCUUAAUGGAACCCCUCUACCCUCCCAUUCAUCGACAUAAUCUUCAAAAUCUAUUUACUAUAGAACUAGUGAUAACAUAUUACAUCCGAGGUCCUUCAAUUACGGAUACAGUAGUCCUACAAUAUACUCAGUAUUUUUUUUAAAUGGUUUCAUGAACAGAUUACAUGCA